AGAUAACUAUAGGUAUAUAUUAGCUACAGCGGCCAGCCUCAACCGUUCCCAUCGUCCCCUGGCGCUCGAUUACGGAUAUGGAGACUUAGAACUCGGGAUGUGUUUAUGUCAGAAGAAUCUCAGCCGGCACUGGAGUUACCCCGUCCUCGUCAUAUCGCACAGGCGCUAAUCUUCAACAGCACAUAAAAAAGGAAACGACCAUGCUAUGAUGAGACCACGCAUUCCUAUUGGUAACCCUUCAGUUCUCUAUGGCUCAACUGCCCAAAAACCUCACUUCCAAACAUCUCUUAAAGCUCCUCAAAUCCGAAAAGAAUCUCAACUCAGCGCUCUCUCUUUUCGACUCUGCUAGUCAACACCCGGGUUAUACCCACACCGCCGUCGUCUUCCACCACAUCCUUCGCCGCCUCUGCCUUUCCAACUCGAAUGGGAAACUUCCGCCUCGCAUUGGCGAAAUCGUUGAUAUGAUCCAAACCCAGAAAUGCCAGUGCUCUGAGGACGUUGCAUUGACCGUGAUCAAAACGUAUUCCAAGAACUUACUCGUCGACAAAGCAGUUGAAACUUUUCAAAACAUGGUGGAAAUCUUUGGGUGCGGACCCGGUAUUAGGUCGUACAAUACUCUGCUCAACGCUUUUGUGGUGUCAAAUCAACUGAGCAAAGCGGAGUUGUUUUUUAGAUCCUUUGAGACAAUGGUGGUGGUGCCAAAUUUAGAAACCUACAACAUUUUGAUCAAGCUUUCAUGUAGGAGGAGGAAAUUUGAUAACGCUAAAGAGCUGCUGAAUUGGUUGUGGGACAACGGUUUCAAGCCUGAUGUGUAUGGUUACGGGACAUUGAUUGAUGGGCUUGCUAAAGUUGGGGAUUUGCGCAGCGCCUUGAAACUGCUCGACGAAAUGUCUGAGAGGGGUGUGAUUCCGGACGUGACAUGUUACAAUAUCCUAAUUAAUGGUUUUUUCAAGAAAGGGGAUUUAGCGGGAGCUAAUGAGACGUGGGAGAGGAUGAUAAGGGGAUCAAGUGUCUAUCCAAGUGUGAUUAGCUAUAAUGUUAUGAUUAGUGGGUUGUGCAAAUGCCGAAGGUUUACUGAGGCUCUGGAGUUGUGGAGCAGAAUGAGGAAAAAUGAGCGGAAAAUGGAUUUGUUUACAUGUAGCUCGUUGAUUCAUGGGCUGUGUGAGUUAGGGAAUAUAGAUGGGGCAGAGUCAGUUUUUGCAGAAAUGAUUGACACUAAGGUGUUUCCUGACGUUGUUGUUUAUAAUGCAAUGCUUAAUGGAUAUGGCCGGGCUGGGGAUAUUAGGAGGAGCUUUGAGUUGUGGGAGUUGAUGGGAAGGGAGGGUUGUCGCAAUAUUGUUAGCUUCAACAUUUUUAUGAGAACUUUAUUUGAGAAUGGAAAGGUGGAUGAAGCAAGUGCACUUUGGAAGCUCUUGGUGGAGACUGAACUAUCUGCUGAUUCUGCAACUUAUGGAACUUUAGUUUAUGGGUUUUGUCAGAAUGGACUCCUUUUCAGGGCUUUGUUGGUCUUGGAAGAGGCAAAAGAUAAAGGAAAUGUUCUUGAUGCUUUUGCAUAUUCAGCAAUGAUUUCUGGGUUAUGCAGAGAAGGUACACUAGACAAAGCAGUUAGGGUGCUUGCUCAGAUGAUCAAAUGCGGCUGUAAACCAAAUUCCCAGUUGUGCAAUGCACUUAUUGAUGGAUUUGUCCAAGCUUCUAAGAUCAAGGACGCUCUCAAGCUUUUACACAAAAUGAACAGUAUAAACUGUUCCCCAAAUAUUGUCACUUAUAACACGAUUAUAGAUGGACUGUGCAAAGGUGAAAGGUUUGCUGAAGCAUAUGAGCUUGUGAAGGAAAUGCUGGAAAAAGGAUGGAAGCCGGAUAUGAUUACAUAUAGCUUGUUAAUGAGAGGUCUUUGUCAAGGCUAUAAGAUUAACUUGGCCCUUAACUUGUGGAGCCAAGUUGUCAGCAAGGGUUUGACGCCAGAUGUUACCAUGCACAAUAUAAUGAUUCAUGGCCUCUGUUUGGCUGGCAAAAUUGACGUUGCUUUACAUCUGUAUCUCAACAUGAGUCAGUUGAACUGUGUGCCAAACCUUGUUACUCAUAAUUCUCUAAUGGAGGGCUUUUAUAAAGCCAGGGACUGCAAAAAUGCAUUAGUCAUCUGGGCUCGCAUUUUGAGAGGUUGGCUUCAGCCAGACAUCAUUUCAUAUAAUAUCACCCUCAAAGGACUUUGUUCUUGCAAUAGAAUGUCGUAUGCAAUGUCAUUCCUGAAUGAUGCUUUGAGUAAGAAAAUUGUUCCUACCAUAAUCACUUGGAACAUACUUGUCAGAGCAGUUCUUAUUGAACGGGCUUCAACAUAAUCUUGGUUCUAGAUCUUGAAAACUUGAGUCUCAUAUGGUUAAACGUUGGUGUUCGAAUUUAUGCGAACUCCACUCAAGCAAGACAAGUUCCUGCUAUCGGUAUGCAAUAGUUUGAAGUUCAUAUUGCAAGUCAACUCUAUCAGGUUCUCAAGUUACCUCGUGGAUGUGAAAUGACAGAUAUUACAGACUAUAUGAGCAUUACUUUCUUUCUUCAAAGAAGUGAUAUUUGAAUAGUGUUUCCCAAGAUUAAGGAUCUACUGCUUUUCGUGUUCUGCAUCCUAAGAUUAUUUUGGUCUUGCAGGUCAGUUGCAAAAAGCAUUGGUCAUGUCAACUGUGAAGGCACAUUUGCGUUCGAAGUUCCUAGAAUCUUGGUAUCCAAGUCACCAAACCCUUAUUCCUGUCAUAAAUGCAUAUAAUUCUGGACUUCUUGUCCACGUGAAAGUUGCUUUGAGAGUUUGUAAGGCAUAAGCCAUUAUAUGGUAACUGUGGUGAAUUUUUGGUUCAGGUACGGAUGGAUUGAAUAGAUGAAUCAUGUCUACUUAUAGCAUUGGGCUUAAGGUUUGAGUAGGUUGAUAAUUUUUCCUGGGAGUUUUGUUAGCAAACUGAUUUGCACUUAAUUUUGCAGCUUCUUUGCUGAACCACAGUUUAGCUGGCCUAAGUGAUAGUAGUACAUGCAGCAAUUUUAAGUGAUUUGUUACAGGUCUGGAAGCUUCAGCUUUUAGUCUUUUUCAAUUCACAUAUGCUUCAUGUGUCUUGGUUGUAUUCUCAUUGGUAAAUUUCCAUUGGAAAGCAUCAAAAAAGAAGGGUUUGGUGGUCGUAGUGGGAUCUCCAGAACCUAGCAAUGAUGCAAAACUAAAUUUGCUUGAUGUAUUAGCCCCAAAUGGUAAGACCUUAUUUGGGGUUAUAACUCAUGCGACACUGAAAUUGUUUUCUCUUAAACUGCUAUAGUGAAAUCAAAUAUCUCAGUGGUGUGGGGAGAAAAAAAAUCAGUCUUUAUCUACUUUGCUUUUUUUUUGUUCUGUUUUUUCUGUCUCUGACAACAUCAUUUGCUCGUAGAGGAGUUGAGAAAGCAAGCCCACCAAGAUUGCUCCAAGAACUGCUACCUUACGCCAGUCAGAUGAUGAAGUGAUCGACGCAUCACAAAUUCCAAUAAGUACCAAGCCUAUUAGUGCAAGCUCUCUCUUUUCCAGGGGGUGUUUUCUGGCGCAAGUUCUUGAAGAACAGACCUUCGUUUCUGUCCUCCUCAAUUUGGCCUUCGAAGUCUGCCAACUUCCUGUCACCUGCUUCAAUCUCCUGCUUAUUCAAUUCUGCCGAUUCUUCAAAGGCUUGCAUCUGGCUCUCUAUGUUUUCCAUAAUCUGCUCAAGAAAAUUAGUUGAAGUGGUUAUAAGUUAAUUUCCUAGCAGAUAUUAUGUUCUUGAUAAAGGAGAGAUCAAACAGACCCUGGAGCCAGCUUCAUCAAGUUCUUUGAGAGCAUUUUCACCUAUUUGAUCAAUUUCAGCAUUGGCUUCUUCAGCAAACUGGGUCAGAUAUGCUGACCUUUCAUCUAAGUAAUCAGUAAGACGUAGUUUUUGGGCUUGCAACAUUGCUAUUCGGGCAAGCAAUUCCUGCUUUCUUCUAUCUCCUUCAGGUGGCGGGAUUCCCGAAUCUGAUUCGUUUGCCUUGCAUAGGAGGAGGUUGGUGUACUUCCUCUUGGAGUAAUCUCUUCCCCGGAGUAAAGCGUGCUUGUUUGGAGUACAAGGGGAUUGAAAUGCUUUUAGGGACAUCAUAUUUGCUGUCAUCCAAGUAAGAGCAGCGGAAGAGAGAGAGAGAGAGAGAGAGGGAGAGGGCAAUUGUGCAAGAGCUGCGGAGGCGUUUUGAACCUCUCAUUAAGUUGCAUUAUCUCGUCGGCAAGACCUCUGUCUGACUUGUAUGGAUUUGUUUUUAUUGGUUUAAAAAGCAAAUUUGAUGCUACUCCCUUUGAACAACGGCUCGUUUAUUGGUCAUCACAAAAGAAUUUAGAGACUUUGUAGGACAACGGUUCAACUAUUGUCUCUCAAGAGUUCGUUAAACUCCCAAGAAAAAGUACAGUAUUGUGCUGACAAAAUUACCGAAGUUUACUGCUGGUGAUUGCUUAAUUGAAGUUAAUGGAGUUGUGUGGUGGGGCUCAGGUGUUGCAAAUCUAAGCUGAGGCAGCAGUCAAGUCGUUUGGGAAACAUGAAGAUUACGUGGAAUUUUCGAGUCAUUUGAGAAAAGGAGCUUUUGAGUCGUCCAAUUUGGAGAUCCAAA